AUGGGAGGCCUCAGUCAGGAUGAAGCAGGCCAUCUGCCUUCGACGCUGCUCUCAGCUGGCGCACAGGGGACCUUUCCACGAUCCGCUCACCUCGUCCUGUCCCGGAGAGCUCGUCAGAUCCAGGCCGACGAAGGCAUCCUGCCAUCGCCAGUCAACCGGCCCAAGGUGCCUGAUCACCGCGACGCCAGUGUAUCGAGAGCUUUCGACAGCGCCAGGACCAACCGGGGCAGAGCCAGAGCGGGCACCCUACCAUCAAGCUGGGGCGACCUACCGGCACCUUCGCUGACCGCCGAAUCCGUCUUCGCACCGGCCGAGAGCGGUCGCUUUGGCGCCCAGACCGGCGUUGCCUCUGGCCUGGUCCAGUAUCCUCAGAGCAGGCUGGCCCUGCACCAACACCAACCCGCCUUCGCCGACCCGAAGGGCGCCUUUGAUACGGCACAGACCAACAACCGGAUACGCUCGGGAUCCCUCACCCUGCCAGACGACGGGUUCGGCAACGCUUUCGGCCCUUCCAUCUUUUCGACCUGGCAGCCGUCGCGCUCGGGUCUAAGCAGCCUUGCCAUGGCGGCAGACAACGGCCUCGGUCCGCACCUCGACGGUGGCGAAGACGACUACGCGAGCAGGGACACGUUUGACGAAUCUAGCACGCUCGACUACCUCGGCCUAGCCGACGGCCAUCCUCGGCAGUCGGACGCCGGCAGUGCCAGCCUUCGCCAUCGAGCGUCGACGCUGGCUUCUUCCGCUGCGCGACCACGGCUCAGCGACGCCAACGGACGGGCCCGCAGCAGCAGCUUCCUGCCGGGCUUCAACUUCGAGCAUGUCCAAGAGCGCGACGAGUCGGUCGAUCAGGCCCCGAGCCAGCCCAGUGCAACCUUCGCCGCUUCGCCGAUACAUGACCGCUUCGGCUCGUUUGGCGGCAGCCUCUCUCCCGAUGUCGCUCCUACUCAGGGCCUUUCGUCCGGCUUCGGCGCAAGACCGAGGGCCACCAGCAUGGGCGGUCUCGAUGGGACCAACACCGUCAACGUGGGCCCCUCGCCACCAGGCUCAGCGACGCUGGCAUUUGAGAUCGACGAAGAUGCCAUCCGCCGGUAUGCCGUCGAGCAGAACAUCGAUCCCAAUGACUUCGUCACCUUCGCGCAGACAAAGGCGCUGCGCGCCUCUUUUUCACACGGCCCGCCUGCUCCGAUGGUCUCCCAGCUCGCCGGUCGGCACCGAGCCGGCACUAUUGCGGCCCUGAGCGGUCCCGGUGGCCGCCAGAGAACGGAGCAGGAGUUGACACGGAUGUUGACCUUGUCGCCCAACGCUGGCCACCAUCGCAAUGCCCGGCCGCAGGGACUCGGCGGCUACUUGGACGCCACGGUCAACCUCGACAGCGCAAGCGCUCGCGGCCACAGCGCCUCGGCUUCUGCCACUACGACUCCCAACACUCCCAACGGUCAGGCUGGCCAUCCGCCGAGCCGGAGCCUGUACAUCGGACAACUCAGCCCGUCCACCACCGGCCAGGACUUCAUGCAGGCGUUUGCUCCGUACGGCGCCAUCGACACGCUGCGGCUUCUGCCGGAAAAGGAGUGCGGCUUCAUCAACUUUGUCGACAUGCAAGACGCCAUCAGCGCAAGAGACGACAUCAUGAACCGUCUCGGCGGCAAGAUUGGACUCAGGACCACUUCUGCAGAUGGCGCGAUCCGUAUCGGCUUUGGCAAGGUUGAGGCCAUCCCGCAGACUGGCGGCUCUGGCCUGCAUGGCGGAAGCGGCACACCUAGCCGAGACUAUCCGUCACCGAGGCCGGAUCAGUCCGGCGGAGACGCGCCGUUUGCCUCUGCAGCCGACGGCAUCAACGAUCAACCGACGCGGGCUCUCUGGGUCGGCUCGAUUCCUGCGAGCACUCCCCUCAGCGAUCUUCUACAAGUCUUUGCUCCAUUCGGGCCGAUCGAGAGCGUGCGCGUCCUCGGCAGCAAGAAUUGCGGCUUCAUCAACUUUGAGAGGGUCGACGACGCCGUGAGAGCUCGCAAGGCGCUGCACGGCAGAGACAUCCUCGGCGCCAAAGUCGGCGGAGUCAGGAUCGGCUAUGCCAAGGUGCCAUCCUCGAUCGGGCAGGAGAGCAACGGCUACCCAAGCGAUGCCUCGGCCCCGGACUUUUGCGCCGCCGUCGAGGCCCUUUCCGAUCUGCAAGGCGCUUCGGCUGUCCCUGUCGACCAGCAGCUGGCCGGCGGCAACAUGGAAGAGUAUCGGAGCAAUCUCGUCCUGGGCCUCCUCGAGAAGCAGAGGACGUUGCGAUCCAUCACGCCGCCACAAGCUGCGAUCCGCAAGUCGGUCUCGAGCCCGUCGACGGGCCGCAUCGGCUCCUUUCCGACGCACAGCUCUUCCAACAGCAUCGUGCCUAGCAGUGACAAGGGCGGAGUUCCCCUGCCUGCCGACAUGAAGCCGCAGCCCAGCACCACCGACUGGCAGCUCAUCAUACGACACCUCGACGAGCAGGAUCCCGAGGUGGCGGAGCACAUCGAGGCGGUCGCGCAACCUAGAAGUCUUGCAACCUACUACACAAAGAUUCCGCUGGUCUCUGACACCGCAAACGGUCGCAAGUUCGACACUUCCAAGCUUAGAGAGCUUCGCAAGAGCAUCGAAGCGAGCAGCUGCACCCAGAGCGACAUCGACCGGACCGCGCGCGAUUUCCUGCCCGACAUCGUCGACCUCUCGAGCGACUUCAUCGGCAACACGUUGGUCCAGAAGUUCUUCGACCGAUGCAGCGAGGCUCUCAAGGUCUCGAUGCUCGAAAGCAUCGCACCGCACCUCGCCAAGAUCGGCAUCCACAAGAACGGCACCUGGGCCGCCCAGAAGAUUAUCGACCGCGCCACCACCGACGAGCAGCGAUCCAUGAUCGCCGAGCACCUCCGUCCCUACGUGCCGCCGCUGUUGACCGACCAGUUCGGCAACUACGUGGUGCAGAAGGUGAUUCCCUUCGGAUCACCCCACUCUGACUUCAUCUUUGAUGCCAUGGUGGAUCGGUGCUGGGAGGUGGCGCAGGGCCGAUUUGGCGCGCGCAGCAUGCGGGCCGUGCUUGAGUCGUCGCAGGCUUCCAAGCUGCAGCAGAAAAGGGUCGCCGCCGCCAUCGUCCUCAACUCCGUCCCGCUCGCCACCAGUCAGAAUGGGGCGCUGCUGAUGACCUGGCUGCUCGAUUCCACCAGCUUCCCUGGGCGCUUCGGCCUGCUGACACCCAGAUUCACGCCCCACCUCGUCCACCUCUGCACCCACAAGCUUGCGUCCCUCACGCUGCUGCGCAUCAUCACGCAAACCGUCGACCCUGAGGCCUCGCGGCGGGUGUUGUCAGCGCUGCUCGACGCGGACAAGCCGCACAUCCUCGAGGAGAUCGUCACAAACCAGCUGCAUGGCUCGCAAUUUGUCUUCAGGCUGCUCGCAUCCAAUGCGCUCGAUGCACAGACUCGGGCAGUCUGCGCAGGUCGCGUCACCGAGCUGCUCGUCCGACACAGGCUCCUCGACGCACCGCCGUACAGACCUCUGGUCGAGAACCUCGGCCUCGCGGCAGCCCGUCCUCCGCCACCUCCGACAGGCCCGUUUAUGCCUGCACCCGCGCUUGCACCGCCGACCUCCGCACUGCCGUAUGGGCAAGCAGCGUUACCGCGAGCACACUCGCAGCCCUUUGGGGACGAGACGGAGGCCGCUUCGGUGUUUGCACCGAAUGGCGUCAAGGACCUCACUAGCGCCAUGGCGCAGGCGUCGUUGCAGGGCACGCUCCCGCCCUCGGACUUGCGAGGUCCUAGAGCGGGCAGACCUCUGCGGCCUUCCUUGUUCCCCGGAAUCACCGAAGGCGGCGGCGGUGGUGGUGGUGGUGGUUUCGACUUUGCCGAGCGCGGUGGGCGGGGUGUAGACGGACGACGGUCUCAAAGCUACCAGUCCAACGCAGGCCUGCGGUCGCCCACGAUGGACGCCUUCAAUCCCUGGGCGCGGGCCAAUGCCGUCGGCUCGCCCGACCGAGCUCCUCCGGCCCUCGUCCAGCCGCACCUGAUGCCGGGCGGCGAUGCUCAGCAUCUCUUUCUGAACAACGGCAGUCGCGAGAUGUCGCCCUACAUCAACCUCAAGGCCCCGUCGUACAGCCCCAAGAGCGACGCAUUCACGCCUGAUCCUGCCUACGGCAGUCUUCUGCAACGCUCUGCGCCGGCAUACGGUUUCUCUCUGCAUCACCAGCAUCAGCACCACCAACGCUCGCCUCCGGACAGAGCCGCGCAUCCGUAUUGA